AUGACUGCUUUUGCAGAGGGAUUUCAGGCCCUGGUCCAACGGGACCUGACAUGGACAUUAAUGCCGACUGUGGCCACUGUUAUUAUCGUUGCCUGGAUCAUAAGAUCGACACUGCAUCUUAGAAAGAUUCCUGGGCCCUGGUGGGCACCAUAUACUCGUCUAUGGCUGUUCAGAGCACUUUAUUCGGAGAGAUGCGCAGAUGUAUAUCUUCAGGUUAACCGAAAAUACGGUCCCCUCGUCCGCAUAGGACCAAACCACCUGAUCACAAAUGACCCUCUGACCUUUCGAAAGAUACUUGGAGUGCAGUCAAAAUACACUCGUGGGCCGUGGUUUGACGCCUUACGUCUGGAUCCUCAUAAUGCAAAUCUUAUCACCGAGCGACAUCGACAGAAGCAUGAUGCAUUGAGAGCAAAAAUGGCUCCUGGGUACCAAGGCAAAGACAUUCCACAGAUGGAGCAUGCCAUCGACCGGAACCUCCUCACCUGGCUAGACUAUAUUCAGAAGCACGCCGUGACAACGCAAGAACGCCACGUUGCAUUCGACAUGGCGCGAAGUAUACAAUGGCUGUUAUUUGACAUGGUGUGCCACUUAUGUCUCGGCCACCCCUUGGGCUUCAUCGACCAACACGAAGACUGUUAUGGAUUUCAGAAUGUCCUGGAAACACGUUUACCCAUCGUGGAGAAGUUCGCCAUCUUCACUGAAGUCAACACUUGGAUCAAGAUGAUCUCCCACAUACCGAUAGUGCGUAGGGUGUUACCCUCACCUAAGGAUAAGGACGGUAUCGGGGCAAUUAUGGGGGUCGCUCAGAAAACAGUCAACGCCCGCAUAGCGCAGGGCAUCCCACCAAAACAUAACGAGACGAUGCUAGAUUCAUGGCUUCGCAACGGCGUCGACGGAUCAUUGGCAGUCACAGAAGUUACAAUUGCCCUCUUUGCCGGCUCCGACACAACCGCAACCUCCAUCCGCGCCCUCCUCCUGCACAUCAUCACCAACCCCCUCGUCUACAAACGCCUCACAGACGAGAUCCGCAAUGCAGCCACCUCCACCCCCAUAAUCACCGAACGAGAAACCAAAUCCCUCCCCUACCUCCAAGCCUGCAUCCUCGAAGGCCUUCGCAUCUUCCCACCCAUCACAGCACUACGCGAACGUGUAGUCCCUCCCGGAGGCGAUACUCUAAACGGAGUAUACGUCCCCGAAGGUACGAACAUAGGGCUCAACCUCCCGGGUUUGCUACGAAACGAGGUAUUUGGGCCAGAUGUGGAUGUGUUUCGUCCAGAGAGGUGGUUGGAGGCGACAGCUGAGCAGAGACAGCGCAUGGAUCGGGUUCAUGAGCUAAUGUUUAAUUGGGGGAGUACGAGGUGUCUGGGGAUUCGGUUGGCGGUGAUGAUGAUGGGUAAGGUGGUGGUCGAGGUGUUGAGGAGGUGGGAUGUGGUGGCUUUGAGGCCACAGAGGCCGUGGAGGAGUCGGUGUCAUGGGAUCUUUUUGCAGAGGGAUUUCGAUGUUCGUGUUGUGGAUAUGGAGGGGACUGUGAGGUAG